UUCAGAUUUGACACUACUCGUUCAGACUUCAGAAUCCCGGCGAGCGGUGGCCGGAGCUCUCGACAAAAAAGAUGCCGCCUUUCCCUCUCCCCCUCCUGGCCGUCGUCCUCCUCCUCUGCCACGGGGCCCCGCGCGCCGCCGGCGACCAGCCGCCGGCCCCGACCCCGUGGCCGCACCAGUUCCACGCGAAGCUGCUGAUGGACUACAAGGGCAACCUGUCGCUGGCGGACCUGUGGUACGACUGGCCGGGGGGCCGGAACCUGCACGUGAUCCGCUACCAGCUGGCCGCCGACGCGCCCUACUACGACGCGGAGUGGAACAACGGCACCUCCUUCUUCUACACGCCGGCGCGCCGCGCCUGCCGCUCCGCCGCCGUCGGCGUCGGCAUCCUGCGCCCCGACUGGCUCGCCCCCGGCGCCACAUACCUCGGCCGCGCCCCCGCCGACGGCUUCGACUGCCACGUCUGGGCCAAGGCCGACUUCAUCACCUACUACGAGGAUGCACAGACCAGGCGCCCCGUCAAAUGGGUCUUCUACACAGGGCGGACGGCGCACGUGAUGAGCUUCGAGCCGGGGGCGGUGCUAGAGGACGCCGCGGAAUGGCAGGCGCCCGACUACUGCUUCGCCGCCGGAAAUGACCUCGCCGAUGGGGGCGACGAUGCGGGCUUCGUCCCCGGGAUCAGAUUGCCGUUGGAAGGCUAGUCUAGUCCAUCUAGCGGAAUCGUGCGACCGUCCCCGGUGCACGUCUCCGGCAAGUGCUAUCAGAUCGAUCGAUGUAUGUGAGAUGGCCAUACUUUGCUGGUGGAGUGCUUGUGUAUGUGCGGCCUUGUGUGCUGCGGCAUCAGCGUCAGUUACACUUUGCCGGCAAACCGGCAGUUCCCUGAGCAAUGCAAAGAGAGGCUGUGCUGCAAAUAAAUCUAUCUGUCCGUACCUCUGCAUCCA